AUGAAGUACAUCCUUGUGUUCGCCUGCCUUUCAAUUGCCCUGUGCCUAGCUGCUCCUGCUCCGGAUGCAGAGAUUGUUAACCAGGUGUCCGAUGUCAAUGCCGAUAGCUAUAGCUACAAGUUUGAGACGAGCGAUGGCACCAAGCAGGAGCAGCGCGGAUCACUGAAGAACCUUGGUCCCGAGGACGAUGCCUUGCAGGUGGCCGGAUCCUAUAGCUUCGUGGACCAGGACGGACAGACGCAUACCAUUAACUACGUGGCGGAUGAGAACGGAUUCCAACCCCAAGGCGAGGAUAUUCCGCAACUUUGA